CUGAAAGAUUUUGUUCGCUAACAUAGGCAACCACAGUGUCUGCGGUCUUUCUGUAAUUAUUUUUUCAAUUUAACAAAUCGGUGGAAUAUGUGAGCCAAUUGGCGUAAAAAUUUAAGCAAAAGCAAGCCGCGCGCGUUGCCAACUGAGCCAUCAGCAGGUCUUUCGUCAUUUCGUAGUCUUUGGCUCGCUUUUCCUGCUGCUCCUCCGUCGGCCAUUAAAAAAAGAGAAAACGGGAAAACAAUACCGAGCCAGUGUGUGAGUGUGUUUGUGUGUGCUGCGAAGUGUUGUUGUGGACUCGGAAAACUUUAAGACGCCCGUGGAAAAGCUGUAGAGCUAGCUGGCUGUUUUCUUCAGCCUUAGAACAGCUGUGCAUAAAGAGGCGCUAAACAAAGAGGAGGCGGAGGAAGCAGGAGUACAAGCAGCAGAGGAAGAGGCAUGUCCAGCGAAGAAGACAAACCGCCAGCGCCGCCCGUGCGUCUCACAAGCAAUCGCGGUGGCGUCGGCAUCGGCAUCGAGCGAGUACCGCUGGCGGGCGGCGGAGCGGGUGCAGGUGGUGUGGGCGGCGGCGGCGGCAUAGGGGAUGUGCCGCCUGUCGACAUGCGACCACUGCCCAAGGAACCCGACGAUGCCGACCGCAAGAAGAAGACCCUCAAGAGCAAGAUCAAGGGCUCCAAGCCCUCGCACACGGACUCCAAGCCGAACAUCUCCUAUCCCACGAACUUUGAGCACACGGUACAUGUGGGAUUCGAUGCGGUGACCGGCGAGUUUACGGGCAUGCCGGAGGCGUGGGCGCGUCUGCUGAUGAACUCGAACAUCAGCAAGCAGGAGCAGAAGAAGAACCCCCAGGCUGUGCUCGAUGUGCUCAAGUGGUUCGACAACACAACCAAACAGAGGCCAAGCUCCAAGUACAUGACAAAUGCCAUUACCACGCAUUCUGGAUCCUCGCUUAGCCGCGUUAGCAGCAGCAGCCCCAGCAGCACGCCAACGGACUCGGAGCUGCACGGCUCGAACAGCGGCGGCAACCUGAUCGGCGUGCAGCUGGGCAGCAUGACACUUGGCUGCAAUGCCAACAAUGUGGCCGCAGCUGGACAAAUCCUGGGCAACCACUAUCAGCAGCAGCAACAGCAUCUCCUCCAGCAACAACAGCAGCAACUGCACCAACACCAGCACCAGCAUCACAUGGGGAUCAGCCAGUCGCACUCGUAUAACUUUACUGGUCACACGGCCUCCUCGUCUACAUCGCAACAUUCAUCCGCCAAUGAGGAUGAUAUGCUGGGAUCACCGCAUCCACAUCCGCAGCAAUUGCCGCCUCAACAGCCGCCACCGCCUCCGGUGGCCUCGAGGCCCGAACGCACGAAAUCCAUCUACACGCGGCCCAUUGAAGAUCUGCCACCGUCGCUGCCACCCGUCAACCAUCAGGCUGUACCAGCAGCGCCCGCUCCCACGCCCACAACGCCACUCCAAAACCAUCGGGCGCCUGGCGGUAUCGCAGCGCCAGUGGCCUCGCCGUUGCUUCAUAACAACACCACGACGACGCUGGACAAGAACAAGAACAAUGCAAAUCUAUACACCCCGGACACGACAGCACCUUCUCCUGCGCCGCCAGCUGGCAACCAGAUCGCCGUGCCUCAGGCGGCUGCGGCGAGUGCGGUCACGCCAAACACCCGGGCAGCCAACGCCAAGAAGAAGAAGAUGUCCGACGAGGAAAUCCUCGAAAAGCUACGCACCAUCGUCUCCGUGGGCGACCCCAACCGCAAGUACACCAAAAUGGAGAAGAUCGGUCAGGGCGCCUCGGGCACAGUGUACACGGCCAUUGAGUCUUCAACUGGCAUGGAGGUGGCCAUCAAGCAGAUGAACCUCUCGCAGCAGCCCAAAAAGGAGCUGAUCAUCAACGAGAUUCUCGUCAUGCGGGAAAACAAGCACCCGAAUGUGGUGAACUACCUGGACAGCUACCUGGUGUCCGAGGAGCUAUGGGUGGUCAUGGAGUACCUGCCCGGCGGAUCACUCACCGAUGUCGUCACCGAGACCUGUAUGGACGAGGGGCAGAUAGCCGCGGUCUGUCGCGAGGUGCUGCAAGCGCUAGAGUUCCUCCACGCCAACCAGGUCAUCCAUCGCGAUAUUAAGAGCGAUAACAUCCUCCUGGGCCUCGACGGCUCCGUUAAGCUGACUGACUUUGGUUUCUGUGCGCAAAUCUCGCCGGAGCAAUCGAAACGCACAACGAUGGUGGGCACUCCAUAUUGGAUGGCGCCCGAAGUGGUCACCCGAAAACAAUACGGACCAAAGGUGGACUUGUGGUCGCUGGGAAUCAUGGCCAUCGAGAUGGUCGAGGGCGAGCCGCCGUAUUUGAACGAGAAUCCGCUUAAAGCCUUGUACCUCAUUGCCACCAAUGGCAAGCCAGAGAUUAAAGAAAAAGACAAGCUCUCCGCAGCGUUUCAGGACUUCCUCGACCAGUGUUUGGAGGUGGAAGUGGAGCGGCGAGCGAGUGCGAUGGAUUUACUAAAGCAUCCCUUCCUAAAGCUGGCACGCCCAUUGGCCAGCUUGACGCCUCUGAUUAUGGCCGCGAAGGAGGCCACAAAGGGCAACUGAUUGACAACCAAGAAGAAACAGCUUAUUUAACCAUUACUAAUGAAUUACUACUGCAGAAAACAACAAGAACAACAGCAACAACAACAACCACAAUAGCAACAAUAACAGUUAUUCAUAUGAAGAGAUGAAUUAUUGAGGAUUAUGAUUACUAUUAUUAAUUAUUUAUAUAAACGUAUUAUAUACACACAUAUUAUUAUAUUAUAUCUACUCUAACGAUACAAGCAACCAAACCCUGGAUGCAUCAAGCAAGAGAUCCGCGUAGUUCAAUUCACACAGUUCGAUUUUGGCUUCUUGAAAGAUUUAAGAUUACUUUGGCCACCACAGCAUCAACGAAACACGUUUCCAACAUUUGAGAUACCAAAACAUUUUUAAAGUUGUACUUGUAUAGACCCAACACAAAAGUUGAAUGAAGCAUUUUGAAUGCUUUUUAAAUUGUAAGAUUAAAGUUCAUUUGAAAAAAAGUAACAAGAAGAUACUUACAUUAUAGUUUUGAAUAUUUAUAAAUUAAAAUUGGUAACUUUUGCAUUUAUAACAAAUGAUAAUACACAUACAUACCUACUUUUACAAUGUAUAAAGCACAUUAAAUUCGUUUAUUUCGUAAAAUUUCUAUAAGAAAGCCCAAAAUGUAUGAGUAUGAGAAGGAACGAUUUGAAACGCUGUUACUAAUCUAAUGACUUGGAGUAUUAUUGCUGAUUUUAGUAGAAGUUUCAUUUAGUUCUUACAUUGCUUUAUGUAAUAAAUAUAUAUUUUUAUAUGAUUUUAAA